AUGGCCACCGCAACCUCGCACAACAAGAAAUCGUCGGCGGUGAAGCGCAUUCUCUCGGAAGCUCGCGAGUUGUCCGAGGAUCAGUCCGACCUCUACACGGCUGCGCCUCUCGAAGACAACAUCUUUGAAUGGCAUUUCACCCUUCGCGGCCCUGCCAACACUGAGUUUGCCGACGGCCUGUACCAUGGUCGCAUCCUCUUGCCUGCGGAAUAUCCCAUGCGUCCACCCAAUCUCAUGCUCCUCACGCCCAACGGAAGGUGGGAGCUCAACAAGAAGAUCUGUCUGACCUUUACUGGAUUUCACGAAGAGAUGUGGCAGCCGGCAUGGGGGAUCAGGACGGCGCUCUUGGGGUUGCAGACGUUCAUGACGGCUAAAGCCGAAGCGGCGGUGGGUAUUGGAUCCUUGGACUACCCAGUGCAGGCAAGGCAGAAGCUGGCGGCAGAGUCGAGAAAAUGGAAGUGCGAUCUGUGCGAAAAGACGACGUUGGAGAUGCUGCCGGAUCCGGAUCCGCAGCAGCAGCACGAGCAACGGCAGCAAGAGGGUCUGCCGGAUGGAUUGCAGGUCGAUCUCAAUGCUCAGUCUCACAAGUCGCCAUCGGAGCAGCCUCGACCAUCCUCAUCGUCCGUCGCAUCUCCCGAAAGCAAAGCUUCGGCACCUGCUCCGAUACCUGCCUCCUCGACGACAGAAAGCGCACAGGCGCAACCUCAAGCAUCAGCCUCUGCUCCGACUGUUGCUAUUGCUGCUGCUCAAUCGCCAGUAUCGCCCCCGCAGCUUCAACAAAGACGAGGUGCACCAAUCGCCCCUCCAACUAGAUCCUCAUCCUUCCCUACUCCCGCACCGUCGGCUGUUCCGACUCGGGCCACAUUGCCCAGUCGAGCCAUUUCUACGACGGAGCGAAAACUGACUCAGAUCGACAAUUGCAUCAAAGCACUCGGUAUCCUCGUCGCUCUUCUCAUCGUCAAACGUCUCAUCUAG